AUGUUGUUCUUCAGAAAAUCAUCCCGCUACCAAGCUAGCUCUCCAACUUUCUUCGAUAAGUUACAAAUGGCCCACCUCGCUCGAGAACUAGGCCCCACCUUCAGUCCAGUGGAAGAACAUUUAUCCUUCUACAGAAGAGUUAAAAAUGCAUUGAAAUUAACCAGUGCUAAGUUGAAGCGCUCAAGAGAAUUUAGAGACUUCAAGGUAAAUACUCCGACUGUGAACCUCAUCAAGACUUGCGAAGAGUCUGAGGUUCUCCCACAACGCUUUCCCAGAAAGUCGUUUUCUCUUCGCCGUUUUGCCAUUCUUGGCCGUAAUAAGAGCCCCGGCUCUAGCUCAGAGGGCUCCAUGUUCUCUAGCACGAAUACCUCAUUUAUUCAGCCUUCGAAUAAUGUUGCGAGUAAGUGCAACAAGAUCACUUGGGAAAGUGCAACACAGGAAAAGCAAAGGCUUGCCAAAUCAUUUGGGGAAACCCCAAAGAAGGCCCCUGUUGUUUUUGGUCGACAUGCAGCAGUUCCUACUGACUCGCCGUACCAUUCCCACAAGAAAUGGCUUUUAUUCUAUGAAGUCUUAAAGAGCCAUGCUCUUGGGAAGCCCUCCAAGAGGGACAUCCUGCCUUACGGGCUCAUCAAGCCUAUUUAUUUUUCAAAGGGAUCUACGGAACUUCCUGCUGUGCUUCCAAAUGCCCCUGAGCCUUUAUCUAAUAAGAAGGCUCCUGUUACUAGCACGGCGCUUGUGCCUUGGGCCGGUAACAAACAUCUGAAAGAUGUAACUACGUCUGAGGAAGAAGAGGUCACUGGCCUCGCCGUAGAUUUGUCUGAAUUGAUGAAGUUGGCUAACCAGAGAUUCAGACCUAUGAAGGGGAUCCGUGCUGUUGAGAUCAAGGUGAGAUCAUCAGAAUACAAUAAGCACACAUCUGCUCUCAUUACAGAAAGACUGUCAUUGGUUUCCUUUCCAAGUGGUAAUUUUAUUGAGGAGGUUGUCACUUUUCGUACCACCGACUGUCCAAGAACCGUUGGCCUCUUUACCAGUAAGCAGACCUCUCCAGCAAGAGGCAUCUUGUCCCUUACUUGCAAGGAGGACCCACCCAUCCAGGAGUCCAGUCUCAGUCCUCGCCUUCAAUUGGCCCCAACUUAUCCAGAGAUUGUAAAGAAGGUGGAUGAGUUGGUCAAGGAGACGAAGUUUGCAGCUGUCAAGACUGAGACCUACCAAGCCAAGGUAGCAGAGUCUCUUGUCAAGUUCAAAGAAGCCUUUAACUUGAUCAACGCUACUUUCAAUGAGCCCGUUAUCACCGACUACCUUGACUACAUCCACAAGUUCAUUUGCGUUGGCGACGAUAUCAGCAGCACUGUGGGGGAGUGCACUGGUAUGGCCCAAGAGUUGGAUUGUAUGAGAGAGGAGUUCGUGAGUGGCCAGAUUUCCGAGAAGGAUAGAAAGAGGCUUUUUAACUUUGGUCAGAACUUUAAGCGUUUGGACGAGGCCGAAUCCAAUGUCAGACAGCAGCUUGAUCUUCUCGCCAGGGAUCAUGAAUGCAGACUUGACGUGCUCCAUGAUGACAUCCAGAAAAUCAAGGGAUUAUCUGGUAAAGUCACCAAUGCCUAUGACAAGUUCAUUGCUAGGCACUGUCGUAGCUUAGACGACGAAGGUCGUGAGGAACUCUCCAGAGUCUUGGGAAGAGUCCAGUACAACCAUACCAGCUUGUUCUUCACCGAAUGGAACAAGAAGAUCAAGAAUGAGGCUUUCAAGCGUCACCUUCAGCAGUUGGAAGAUGCUUACGACCACAAGGAGGAGCUUCUUCUUUUGUUGAAGCAGGGCUUCAUCAAUGUGUGCAAGCACAUUUAG